ACCGCCAUUUAUUUUGAACUUUUUGGGGUUUCUCGUACGGAAACUCUCUCUCUCUUUCUCUCUCUCUCUCUCUAUAGCUUUUCUUCUUUCUAGUUGCUUCUUCUCUCUCUCUCUGUCACUAAACCUUCUCCUCCAAUCCUCUCCCGCUUUCGUGCGAGCUUCUCCGAUUCUUAAGUUUUGAUUGCCCCAAUACUCACGAAAAUGGUUUACGCGGCCAAGAAAUUCAUCAACAACCCCAACGAUGCUGCGACUGAUGUCAUCAAGGGACUUGUGGACACUUAUCCUGGACUCCAGUUUUUGCUUGGCUUCGGCAUUCAUAAGGUUAAGGUGGUGAUACAAGCUGGUGUCUCUGUUGGGAAGUAUGACAAGGUUGCCGUAAUAUCAGGUGGAGGCAGUGGGCAUGAGCCAGCUCAUGCUGGGUACGUUGGAGAAGGAAUGCUUACAGCUGCUAUCUGCGGAGAUGUCUUUGCCUCUCCAUCAGUUGGUUCCAUCGUGGCUGGAAUUCGUGCUGUAACUGGUUCUCAGGGAUGUCUUUUGAUCGUCAAGAACUACACUGCUGACCGCUUGAACUUUGGUUUGGCUGCUGAGGAAGCGAAGUAUGAAGGUUACAAAGUAGAGACUGUUAUUGUUGGAGAGGAUUGUGCUUUACCCCCUCCUCGAGGUUUUGCUGGACGCAGGGGCUUAGCAGGAACGAUUCUUGUACAUAAGGUUGCUGGCGCAGCAGCAGCUGCUGGUCUUUCUCUAGAAGAAGUUGCGGCCGAGGCAAAAUGUGCGUCGGAGAUGGUUGGUACCUUGGGUGUUGCAUUCUCUCUUUGUAAGCUUCUUGGGCCGGUUACAUCAGACCGUCUGGGCCAAAAGAAGAUGGAACUCGGGCUUGGAAUUCAUGGAGAACCUGGUGCUGCUGUGGUUGACGUUCAACCUGUGGAUGUGGUGGUUUCACUUCUUCUUCAGAAGAUACUGAGUCCUGAGACCAAUUAUGUUCCAAUUACACGCGGUGACAGAGUGGUUCUCAUGGUUAAUGGCUUAGGAGGCACCCCUUUGAUGGAACUUAUGAUUGUAGCUGGAAAAACUGUCUCUAAAUUGCAGCUUGAAUUUGGACUUGCUGUUGAUAGGGUAUAUACAGGCUUUUUUAUGACUUCUCUCGACAUGGCAGGAUUCUCUAUUUCAAUCAUGAAGGCUGACCAGUCAACCUUAGACCGAUUAGAUGCUCCAACCAAGGCUCCAAGUUGGCCUGUUGGCAGUGGCACUGAUGGCAACCGGCCAUAUCCAAAGAUCUUUGUUCCUUGUCGCCCUAAUACUCAUUCUGAAAAACGUCAGAUUCAACAUUGGCGAUACUAUCGGCUGGGAUUCGGCCAACAGCCAGAUGAUGAACGUGAGCUGAGUCAACAAGGUCGUGUGCUUAAGGCAGCUAUUCGAGCAGCAGCAAAUGCGAUCAUCAGUCUAAAGUAUAAUUUGAACGAGUGGGGUGGAGUAAGCGAUGGUCGUUUUGGGUCAAAAAUGUGCAUAGGUGCCAAAGCUAUUCUGAAAGACAUGAAAUAUUAUCCACUCUAUGAUGCUGCUGAAACGAUGUAUGCGAUUGGUGCAUCAAUCAGCAAAGCCAUGGGGGGGACAACUGGAAUUAUGUACAAUCUACUCUGCAAGGCAGCUUACGCGGAGCUAAAAAAAGAUAACAUUGACGAGGAAGUCACUCCCAGAGACUGGUCUGAAGCACUCAAGGCAUCAAUAGCUUCUGUGAGGAAAUAUGGUGGAGCAACUGAGGGAUACAGAACGAUGCUAGAUGCGCUCAUCCCAGCUUCACAAGUUCUUGAAGAGAAUCUGAGCGCUGGAGUGGACCCAGUAACUGCUUUUAGUGUGUCAGCUGUAGCAGCAACUAAAGGAGCGAAAUCAACCAUACAGAUGCAAGCUCAGGCUGGGAGAUCGAGUGCAGAGAAUCUUGCAACAGUUCCAGAUCCAGGUGCAAUGGCUGCAGCAGUAUGGUACAGGGCGGCGGCAAGAGCCGUGAGGAAGAAACAGCAUCUAAAACCUUACGAAGGUAGCGUUGUUCCCAAAAGCCCCACUGUCCCUUCUCGAGAUGGUGUUUUCUACUUUGACUUCCCAGAUAUUGGUAGGCAUACGUGUCGAGACCCUACAUUUGUCAAAACUCUUGGUGCUGUCGAGGUGACUCCCUCCGGUGGCUCUCCACGCUCUACGGUUGGGCAGUCCGACAGACUCUCUUGCAACCUUGGGGCCUUGGUGUCGGUUCGAAAAUGGGGCAUAAUUCGCUUCAAGAAAAACGGUGAGAAUAAAACGUUCGUAGCUCGGCAAGGAUGUCGGAUCACUGUACCAUUUGGAGGCAUUGUCACAUAUUGCAACAGUAUCGUGGAGAUUUUUCAUCAUAGUGGCUUUUGGUGGAACAGUUACCUCUUGUCGUACUACUCUAUCCCUCCCAAAGGUGUAGUUGACUUCCUUCGCUCUCCUGACAAAACAAACAUGGGUUACGUUACCAGUAGAGUAGCUGAAGAUGAAGAUGAAGAAUGACUCAGGACAGACUUUUCCUUAUUUUGGUUAUCAAUGUAGACUUGCAAUGCUAGUUUUUUUUUUGUACCUUGCUUUCUUCUCUUUGCAUUAGGAAUCUGAUUACUAUUCUCGUUCAUUUUUUCUUGGUGGUUUUGUUCAUAUCUUGCCUAUCUUGUUCUCUGGGACUGCAAUUAUGUGUUUGUAUGCUAGUUGGUUGAAAGCAUUAUAAUUUUACAUUCACAAUAA